UUCAACAGACAUCUCGAUUUUUAGGAAGAAACAUCAACAGCACUUCUCUCUUAAAUUAAUCAACAUUUAGGAAAAUAUAGAUAUUUUUACUUUGGAUUUAUAACCAAAAGGCCUUCCACUGAAGAUCAAUGUUGGUCAGGCCAAAAACCAGUGGAUUUCAUCAUGCUCCAGUAACAAAAGGACUUCUAUUGCUAAAUGGGUCAGCAUCUUUGUUGAAUAUCUUGCUUGCAUCAUCUUCAAUAAAAAGAUUGAUCCCAAGUUAUGAAUGGAUUGAGGUUGUACAUCAUUUAAAGAUAUUUCAUGCCCUUAGCUCCACUAUAUAUUUCUCCAAUGCAAGGGAUCUUCUAUGUGGUUCCUUUCUUCUUUAUACUUUUCGCAUUUUUGAGAGACGAUAUGGGUCAAGAAAAUUUGCUUCAUACGUUUUUGCAAGCACAAUCAUGACAGUAGGAUUGCAAUUGAUCGCUGUUUACRUCAUAAAGUACCUGGGACAUGACCCUGGUCCAAUACCAUCUGGACUGUAUGGUGUUGUUUUUGCCAGUCUUGUACAAUAUUUCUUUGAUAUUCCAACUGUUGAUGCUAUAACAUUUCUCAGCAUUCCAAUAUCAGGCAAAGUAUUAUGCUAUUCUGUGGCUUUUCAGAUGCUACUAGGAAGUAAAGAGUCUUUGUUAGCUGGAGCAUGUGGAAUGGUUGCUGGACUUAUUUACAAAUUAAAUGUUGCAUAUGUUCGGUCAUGGCUCAAGAUACCAAAUGCUUUGACGGAUAUCUUGUCAAGGACAGUAAGCUGGAUGUUUGUUGGUGAUGAUGAACCAAGUCCUCCUACUGUCAUGGGAGCCACACUUGAGAUCCAGGAACAGCAACAAAUGGAAUGGUAUGAGCAGCAGUUAUGGAGAAGAACUGCAACUGCUAACAUGGGUCGUACCAGGACAAGAUCAAGAACUGGUCAAGGCUAUGCUGAGGUAAUGGUGCCCCAGGCAGCAGGUCUAAGAGAAUGGCUGAUGGGAGCCGAUGAAAACCAGGACACAUCAAACUUUGAUUGGCAAGCAAUGAUGAAUCAUCAUAACAAUGGGGGUGACACACCCCAGCAACCAACUGUGGAGGUGUCAGAAGACCAGGUCCAAACUUUAGUUGACAUGGGAUUCUCAAGACAAGACGUCCUUCAUGCUCUUAGUGUUUCAAAUAAUGACAUGAAUAAUGCAACAUCAAUUCUAUUGUCACAUUCUUCUUAAUUAUAUUCUUAAUGUCUAUCUAAAUUUUAAUAGAAUAUCUGUAAAUAGAAGGAAUAUGUACAUUUUCACUACCUUCAAAAUAGGUCAAGAUGGAUUAGAUUUUCUUGCAUGGAAGCUGGAUAAGCUUAUUGACAAUAAAUAUCAACUGACAUAUUGUCA